AUGGCUUCGGAUUCAAUAAAAACAAGAGCUGCAGAUGUGUAUAAGAAACCAUUGAAAUAUGAACGACAAUAUGUGGAAAAUUUCAUCAUCGUUUGGCUCGACCUCGUAUGUGAAACAAAUAAUGAUGUAACGAAAACGAUUAAAGAAAAAUUACAAGUAAUUACUAAUGAUGUUGAAAUAUUCGAUGACUCCAACGCAUGUAUUGAUUAUAUUACUAAUUUGAAAAACGAACAUGUUCUAUUCGUUGUUCCCAACUCUAUUAAUCAAUGCAUUCUGACAAUCGUUCAAGAUCUCUGUGCUGUCUCAGCUUUAUAUAUUUUAUGCUCAUCAGAAGCGACUAAUAAUGAAAAAUGGUCGGAGCCUAUUCGAAAAUUAAAUGGUUUAUUCAAUAAUAUAAAUGAAUUGAUCAAACAAAUUCAAUCUGAUAUUCGUCGAUUUGAGCAUGAACUUAUUGGAUCAGAAAAUAUUGAUACAUCAAAUAUUUCUUUUCCAUCCUUAAGAAAUUUUAAUAAACAAGAAUGUUCGUUUAUGUAUUCUCAAUUAUUAAAAGAUAUUUUCUUAAAAUUUCAAGAUAACAGUACAUCAGAAUUGGUUGAAUACUGUCGAACAAUUUAUGCAGACAAUCCUUUUCAACUUGCUAUGAUUAAUGAAUUCGAAUGUGAUUACCAAGAAAAUAAGGCUAUUUGGUGGUAUACAAGAGACUCCUUUCUGUAUAAGAUGAUCAACAAAGCUCUUCGCAUUCAACAUGUUGAAACAUUGUACAAUAUGCGCACAUUUAUUCGUCAUCUUCAUCAGCAACUCAUUCAACUUUCUCCAAUAAAUGAUAAGACUCGGUCAAUAUCAAUACUACAUCUAUAUCGAGGUCAAAGAAUGUCAAUCGGAGAAUUUGAAAAAUUAAAGAAUAAUGAAGGUGGACUCCUUUCAGUAUCUAAUUUCUUGUCAACUAGUGUAAGUCUGGAAGUGGCACUCGUUUAUGCUGGUGAAUCUGAUAAUGAAACAAUAGCUACGGUUUUCGAGCUUAGACUCAAUCUGGAUGAUAAAACAAAUAGUUCAUUUGCUUGUAUAGAACAAUUUAGUCAAUUCGGAGAAGACGAACACGAAUGGCUUUUUUCAAUGGGUACCGUUUUUCGAAUUGGGGAUAUUGAAUUACUCAAUAACAUUUGGCAUAUACAUUUAACCCUUACUAACGAUCAAGAUGAGACUAUAGAAAAGUUAACUAUACACAUGAGCAGAAUUAUACAAAUACAACGUCCCAAUCCAGUAGUACCUCUCUGUCGAUUAUUUGCACGAAUGGGCAAAUACCAUAAAGCAAUUGAAUUAUGUCAAAAGAACGUGAAAUCAAUAAAUGAAUGGGAAAUGGAAGCAACACUAAAUGAUACUCUUGCUUUAAUGCAUGCUGAUGAAGAAGACGAGGAUUUAGCACUACAUUACCAUCAGCAGGCACUGGAUAUCGUUGCCGAACAUGUUGACACGAAUGAUCCACUGCUUGCUUCUUAUCAUAACAACGUAGCAAUAAGCUGCAGUGUAGUGGGCCAAGAUGAACGAGCAAUUGAACACUAUCAAAUGGCUAUCAAUCUUGAAUUAAAAGCACCGCAGCCAGAUUAUACAAACAUUGCGUAUUCUUACGAUAGCAUGGGAUGCAUUCUGCAUUAUUGUUUUGAAAAAUACGAUGAAGCAAUUAAUUGUUACGAGCGUGCUCUUCAGCUUAUGCUUGUACAUCUACCGUCAACUCAUCCUGAUAUUUUUUCACUAUACAAUAGACUACAUUCAUCCGAAGUAUUUAUAGCAUCUGCUACAAUGUUAACAACAUCACAACCUGUAGCAGCUACUUCUAAAGAAUUUUCUGUUAAACUACCUAAAGCUCAAUAUGGAAUUAUGGAAUUUGCAAGUGGUUUCUCAAUCGAUAUAAAAGAUUGGAAAGCCAUUGAUAUGAAACGUGAAAUCAAUCCAUGCACUUACCGUCCAGCAGUCGAUAUUAAUCAUGUCUCAUCAGCAUCGACAUUAUUCACAACAUCACUUGGUAUUGUUUUAUCUAAAACCGGUGCAGGAAGUGAAUAUGGUCGUGAACAAAAAGAAGCAUUAAAACGCAAACGUUAUUCAACUAAAGGAACAAAUAUUGAAGAUUUUCCUUGGUUAUUAACAACUCAUUCAUCAACAGAAAAAAAUUUAAAACAUUAUCAAGGAUUAAAAAAAGGUGGUGCACCAGCAAAUUCAUCUUAUUAUAUAUUUAUACAAAAUAAAGAUGGUUUUGAAGCAUAUUCUCUUGAAGAUUGUAAAUGGUUUUUACAACAUCAAAUUAAAAAAGAACAUGAUAAUGAUGAAAAAGAAAAUAAAUCAAAAACUAAAAAAAAACAUUCUUUUAAAUUACUUGAUUGUGAAGAUUGGAUUAAUGAUCAUGAAGAAAAUGAAGAUGAAAAUGAAACCAGUCAUACAAAAGUUAAAAACAGAAAGACUACUAAGAGUCAAACAAAUGAAAAUCCAGAAUAUUUCGAUGAUGGGGAUCAUGAAUGUGAUGAAAUUGAUUAUACAAGUGAUGAAACAUCGAAUGAUGAAGAUGAUAUUAAAGGUCUUGAUGAAGAAAUGAAAAUAAUGCCAAAUAUAGGGGAAAAAAUGAAGCAAAUGAUUGAAAAUGAAAGUGAAUUUGACUUUGAUCAUGAUGAUGAAGAUAUUUCUGAUUUAGAUGAAAAUGAUGAGAAAAAUGAUACAAUAACAGCUGAUAAUUUGUCCAAUGUCGACAUGGAAUCAAGUUCAGAUGAUGAUAAUAAUCUUGACCAGUUAGAUGAUCUUAAGAAAGAGCCAAUUGAAUCGAUUUCUAGUUCUAUUUAUAUUCAAUCGAUUCUAUCUGAACAAAUUAAAACUGGUAAAUAUUGUUUAUAG